AUGUCUGGAAUUCCUCCCGCUGUACAAGAAUGGCUGGAUAAGUAUCCUGAGCCUAAUAAUAAAACACUCCGAUACGUUGAUAAAUCAGAAGUUGCAGAGGCAAUUCGCCGUGGUAGCACAGAUUUUCUCAUAAUUGAUUUGCGAAAAGAUGACUUCGUAGGUGGCAAAAUCAAAGGAGCGUAUAAUAUCCCAGCUCAGAGCAUAUACAACUCGGUUGAAGAUCUGUAUAAAUUAGCUGAAGAUUCUGGCAAGAAGACUAUUUAUGUUCACUGUCGAUCCUCCAGGGAUAGAGCUACUAGAACAGCAGGUUAUUUUAACGAUGUAGCAGAUAACAAUGGGAAUACAAUCACCACCAAGAUUAUCCGCGGAGGGAUUCUUGAUUGGGUAUCUGGUGGACCGGAAUAUACGCAGCUCUUGGAUGAAUAUGAUAGCACGAAGUUUUAG